CCACGGCCUCUGCGGGGAGGGUUUCCUCGCCCAUUCCCGCGGAGAGCGAAGCUCCUAUCCCUGCCCGGUCACUCCUCCCCUCCCUGGGCCCGACAGGACCCCCCCGGCCUGGGGUGCGGCCCCUCCUCCUCCUCCUCCUCCACUGGGGCUUGCCGCCGCCAGUCUCCAUCCUGGGGCCUGGCUCUAGCGGGUGCCCUAUAGGCAACAGGCCUCAUGUCCCCGAGCUGCCCAGCGGGAGGGGGGGACUGUCCCAGGGCCCCGGCACCCGCGCAGUGUCUCUGACACUAAAUGGUUCCUGGAGUAACAAAUAGGAGUAGAGGGGUCAGCGCCCGAUGGGCUUCGAGAAGCCUCGUGUAGCUGCAAGAAGUCAGUAGCUUAGGCCAGUUCUUACCCUAUGUGUGCUUGGUGUUGCAGGACUGAAGAGGCUUGGCUUCAGGAAAUGCAGACUCCCCCCCAGCAGAACCUCCCUGUUGUUGAAGAUGGGAAGAAUAGUGGUGGGACACAAGAACAUGACCCCAGUGAGGAGAAAGUGGAGCCUGAACACUUUUCAGAGCCGAACAAAGUUAUUAGUCCUGGGCCUGGUAACAAGGCUAAUGUGAGAGCAAGUCCCACUGACAGAGUCAGAGCGGCUACUAGGAAAAGGUCUUGUCCUCAUCCUAGCCCCAAGAAAGCUGACCGGAGUCCCAGUCCCAAGAGGAUAUCUCCAUGGAGAGAGAGUCCCAGGAAAGGCCUCACUUCAAGUUCAUUUAACUUGUCCCCAAGGGCACUUGCCAUUAGCCCACAAAUCACACGUCGCUCAUGGUGCCGCUCCAGUCUGAAAGGAACCAACCGCCGGAAGUCGCUGCCUCCUUUCCACCAGGAUGUCACAGAGCUGAGCAAAUCAAUCAGCCUUGAUUUUCCUGAGACUGACAGGCUUUCCAUGCUUCUGCUGUCUAGUUUCCAGUUCUCUGCCCAGAAGCUUCAGCACUUCUUGAAGCAGACUGAUGGCUUCAGCCCUGAGGCUUUUAAAGCAAAUGUGAAUUCAGUUUCAGAAGAGCUGAUGCGUUGUACAGAGAGACUGAAACUAGAUGGAACGCUAAAGAAAUGUACAGAAGAGCUGAAAGGUAUUUUAUCAGACCCUGCACUAAAUGUGUCAUUGGCCCAGAUGAAGGAAUAUAUAAACAGGUUUACUACAGAGUCUCAAACUUGGGAUCAGCUUUUACUGAGUUUCCAGAAAAGUGCAGAAGAAAUGUCCAGACAACUGAAGCAGUGCAAGACGAAUGAAGUGCAAGUGGAACCUGCUAGUUAUCUCGGAACCUCACAGGCCAAAGUUCUCGGUAGCAAGCCUAACUAUCAGAAAAUACUAGCUAGCCAGGGUGAGGUGUUUGACUGCAUGGAGCUUGUGCUGGAUGAACUACAGCAGGCAGUAAAGUUGUUGCAGACUUUCAUAGAAGACAGUACACAGUACCUCCGGAAUCUGUCAGAGCAACUUGCAUCAAGGACCUUUCAGCAACUGGAAAACUCACCUAUUCGGAAACUACUCAAAGUUCCCCUAAAGAAGCCACCGGUCCCCCAAUGCCAGCAGCCUCCAGAGGGUUAAACACAGACUUGCAGCAGAUGGCUGUCAUUGCCUCCUUUUGCCUUUGCCUUUAUUACCUUUCCCUGCAGGCUCUUUCCCCGCUUCUCUAAGAGGUUGUGGUUCUAGAGGUCCAGGAGGCCUGGGGGGGCUUAGCACUCACUUGCCUUCAUAAAUGUACUAUGGGGUGCCUAUCACUUGGGGUGGGAGCAGUGGCUGGUUUGGGGGGGUGGGUGUCAGAGGGCUUGUUCUGUCGGACUGAGCUGUAUCACCGGACCGUGCCUUGCUCUCGGGGUUACCUGUGCUGUGAAUAAAAGGGCGGGGCAUCGCCCCCCAGUGCUGCCA